GGGUAGGGAGAGGCAAUUAAUGGGGACAUCGAGCUUAGCCUUCUGCAUGAUCUGCGCCAUGGCUCUUGCCAUGGUCCCUAUCAGCCAUGCCCAAAACUCCCCGGAAGACUUCAUCAAUCUCCACAACGCUGCCCGUGCUGCAGUUGGCGUUGGGCCAGUGUCUUGGAAUGAUACCGUGGCGGCCUACGCACAGGACUACGCCGACAAGAGAAAAGCCGACUGCCAGCUCGUCCACUCCGACGGCACCUAUGGCGAGAACAUCUUCUGGGGUGGUGGCCCAGGAUGGACGGCGACCGUUGCCGUGAACGACUGGGUCUCGGAGAGGCAGUACUAUGACUACGCCAGCAACAGUUGUGCUGUAGGGCAGGUUUGUGGGCACUACACUCAGGUGGUAUGGGCCAAAUCGGUGCACAUCGGUUGCUCUCGCGUGGCAUGCGAUAACGGCGAUACCUUCAUUACAUGCAACUAUGAUCCCCCGGGCAACUACGUGGGGGAGCGCCCCUAUCCUUAGUAAACUUGAGAUGAAUUGUAAUUAAUAAGAUGAAAUAAGGCUAGCUUGUGGUUUCUAAGUUCUGAAGUCUGCCAUGAAUUUGACAUUUAGACGAUAAAACGAGGCCUGUGAUUUGUAAUGCUUUUCUCUUGUUUAAGUGUUUGUUCUUUUGGAUGGUUGAUGAUAUGUUUGUGGAAAUUAUGA